AUGUCCAACACCAUGGUCAUCAAACAGCCGGAGCCGGUGAUGGUCCUGCAGGACUCGGACCAGUGGGGCUCCAGGAUCUGUGACUGUUGUCAGGACGUCCCUGAGUGUUGUUUUGCCUUCUGGUGUUGUCCGUGCUUCGCCUGUAAAAUCACCGACUCCUAUGGAGAAGGCCUGUGUCUCCCCCUGCUGGACAUAUUUGGCAUGGUCCCGCCAAUCACCUUUGCCAUGAGAGUGUCCAUGCGUCACCGCUACGGCAUCAGUGGCAGCAUCUGUGGAGACUGUAUCUACGCCUCCUUCUGCACCUCCUGCAGCUGGUGUCAGAUGUCCAGAGAGAUGAAGAGGAGGAAGAUCCAGGUGAAGCUGGUCAGCACCAAGAGAACGUGACGUCAUCGUCACUCAGAGUUGAAAACCGCAGACACCAAGACUGCAGGAGAAUAAACGCCCCCUGGUGUUGUGUUCAAA